AAACUGAGGGCUAACUUUCCUUUUGCCGUUUAAGGCGCAAUCGCUGUCUGCUUUAGCAACAGAAGUGGAUGUUUAAACAAAACAUAAAGGAGGCAGGUUUGCACUGGUUGCUGAUGUUUCAGAGUAAACUCAGCCGAGCUGCAGGUUCUAGGUUGGAGCUUUUUGGGCUCUUUCGGAGCCCGUUGUUUGGAUUUUCUGAAGAAAUCACCCUCAGCAGUCAAUGAAACCAGGACUUAUAUGCUGCCCAUUCAACUUAAACUUACUGAAGAUUGAGUGGCCUGCCCUGAGGAGAUGGACGUUGGAGCUAAAGAUGUGCAGGCAGAGCUGGACUCCGUGGAGGCCGAGCUGGAGCUGGUGGAGCUUCAGAUCUCAGAGCUCCUGGACAAACAGAGCAAACUGACGUCUCAGAAGAACGCAUUGCUGCGACAGCUGGAGGACGCCUGCAGCGGCGUCGGACCGUCAUCCUCAAAGUCUGCAGGCCCGGCGAUCAGCAAGCAGGAGCUGAAGCAGUACGACGGUGCAGAUUUCCCUUGGUCCAAAGAGUUGGAGCGGCACCUGAAGAACACCUUCCACCUCCCCACCUUCAGACCGCUGCAGCUCAGAGCCAUCAACCUAACCAUGGCAGGCAGGGACCUGUUUGUUGUCAUGCCGACAGGAAGAGGAAAAAGUCUCUGCUUCCAGCUGCCGGCGCUCUGCUCUGAGGGUUUCACUUUGGUCAUCACACCUCUGGUCUCUCUGAUGGAGGAUCAGAUCAUGUACCUGAAGUCUCUGGAUAUCCCUGCAGUCAUGCUGAAUGCCUCCAGCAGUAAGGAACACGCCAAGCUUGUCAUGGCUGGAAUGAGCGAUCCAAAAGCUCCUUUCAAGCUGGUUUACGUCACUCCAGAGAAGAUUGCCAAGAGCAAGCUGCUGAUGUCCCGCCUGGAGAAAGCCUACAAAGCGAAGCUGCUGAGCCGCAUCGCUGUGGAUGAGGUGCACUGCUGCAGCCAGUGGGGACAUGACUUCAGACCAGACUAUAAACUCCUGGGUAUCCUAAAGAGGCAGUUUCCCUCGGUGCCGCUGUUUGGCCUCACCGCCACGGCAACCAGCAGCGUCCUCAAAGACUGCGAGAAGAUCCUGUGUGUGCAGCAGCCAAUCACAAUCACUGCCUCUUUCAACCGCACUAAUCUGUACUAUGAGGUUCGCAUUAAAGACUCAGACAAUGAGGCUCUAAUGAGUGACAUCACCUCGCUGAUUAAAGGAAAAUACAAGAACCAGUCAGGCAUAGUUUACGUGUUCUCCCAGAAGGAUGCUGAGAUGGUUUCCUCUGAACUAAAGAAAAGAGACAUAUCAGCUCAUCCCUAUCAUGCAAACAUGGACCCAGAAGACAAGUCGCAGGUUCACAGCAGAUGGACCUCCAACAAGAUCCAGGUAGUGGUAGCCACUGUGGCGUUCGGCAUGGGCAUCGACAAACCAGAUGUCAGGUUUGUCAUUCACCAUACCAUCAGCAAGUCCAUCGAGAACUACUACCAAGAGAGCGGGCGCGCAGGUCGAGACGAUCAUCCAGCGGACUGCAUCGUGUAUUUUGGCUUUGCUGAUAUCUUUAGGAUCAGCACCAUGGUGGUCAUGGAGAAUGUGGGCCACAAGAAGUUGCUGCAAAUGGUGGCUUAUUGCCAGAAUGUGGACAGGUGUCGGCGCUCUCUCAUGGCGGUUCACUUUGAUGAGGUGUGGGACGAUGAAGGAUGUAACCAAAUGUGUGAUACAUGCCGCUCUUCUAAAGGCUACGCCAGCAUGGACAUAACUUGCCACGCAAAACAAGUAGUGCAAAUCAUUGAGCAGGCAGGGUCCAUGGAUGAAAAAGUGACUCCCCUGAAACUGGUGGAGACGUGGAUGGGACGGGGUCCAGCCAAGCUGAGGAAGAUGAUCCAGACCACCAAUCUGCCUCGGCUGCAGGCUGAAGCUGUAAUCGUCUCCCUGCUUCUGCAGGAAUACCUCCGAGAGGAUUACAGCUUCACUCCAUACACCACUUACUUCUAUGUGAAGCUCGGUCGCAAAGCUCCUCUGCUGAAGAAGGAGACUCACUCAGUCAGCAUGAACAUGAAGACAGCAGGAGACCGACCCUCUGUGAACACAUCAGCUGUUGGAGUCUGUGAGGAGGUGCUCCGUGUGGGCCUUGAUCCCCCGGCCAUUAAGAACAGAUGUCCCGCACAAACAAAACAGAAACUAACAAAGGAACAAAGGAAACAACACCUGAAACCAACCAGAUUACCAGAGGGAGGAGAAACCCCGUUAAAUCAGGUAGAAGGAGAGGAGAGGAGGCCAUUAAUGUCCCAACAUGUUGCUCAUGUAGAAAUUACUAGAGUGCAAAACAGUGAUGCGAGUCCUGGACCGAAGCUGAAUCAAUUGAAAUCUUUUUCCAAGCAGAGCUCAGAUUGCUCUUUAAGGGCGAGGAGAAAACAUUGUAACAUCAGAGCCGCUGGCCGGAGUUUUCCCAGAGGCAGUCCUGUCCUCACCGUGUCCAGCUCUCCUUCUCAGGGUUCGCUCAUUUCUGAAACAGCAGCAGAGGAACUCUGUGAUCUCAGGAAAUACUACAGCAAUCAGCUUAAGAGAAUUAACUACAUUUCCCAUGAGCACCUAGGGCCGCCUCCUGACCCAGGGGUCCUUACAUGCAUCAUGGAGCCUCUGAGGAGUCUGCGUCUGUCACAGAGGGGGACCUUUGCCCAGACGGCCCGCAGUUUGUGGACACGUGUCAGUGGCAGGAGAAAACGGGUCCAUCACUGAUGUUUUCUGGUUCCACUUCAUUGGUACUUUGUGUUUACUAAGAAAAAACGCUCCAUGGUCGGUUCUACAGUAGAUUUUUCCCAAGAAGCAGAUUUAUGAAAAUCAUUUUAGUUUAUUGGUUAAGAUGCUUUUCCUCCACAUCAGAGAAGAUUUUAGAAUGUUUCACUUUGUGCUUCUUCAUCAUGUUGACCACAUCCCGAUCCGUUCCCCUGGAAAGAAGCUGGUGUUAUGACUGCGCUGAACAGUCUAAAUCAACAGUCUAAAUAGUUUUUUUUGUUUCGUUUGUUUCCAGUUUGAGGUCUUUCUUUGUGUUCAUCAUCAUCAUCCAGUCAUGUUUCAUGUUUUUUUUUCAUCGAUGCAAUAAAGGAUGAAAGGUAA